CAGGCGGAGUCGAUGACGUUGCCGACGUGUGACGUGCAGAAUCUGCGACGCCUGAUCAUGCGAAAACCUCCAGAAUGGGUACCCAAGUGAAAGAUGUUGUCAUCAAGCCUGACGCUCCCAGCUCUCUGCUGCUGGACAAACAUGCGGACUACAUCGCUGCCUACGGCUCCAAGAAGGACGACUAUGAGUACACGCUGUCGGAGUACCUGAGGAUGAGUGGGAUCUACUGGGGCCUGACGGUGAUGGACCUGAUGGGCCAGCUGCCCAGGAUGAACCGCCAGGAGAUCACGGACUUCAUCAAGGCCUGCCAGCACGAGUGCGGAGGCAUCAGCGCCAGCAUCGGACACGACCCUCACCUGCUCUACACCCUCAGCGCCGUGCAGAUUCUGUGUUUGUACGACAGCGUCAGUGUGAUCGACGUGGACAAGGUGGUGGAGUACGUCAAAGGCCUGCAGCAGGAAGACGGCUCGUUUGCAGGGGACAAAUGGGGAGAAAUAGACACAAGGUUUUCCUUCUGUGCGGUUGCUACCCUCGCGCUGCUGGGCAAGAUGGACACGAUAAAUGUUGACAAAGCGGUCGAAUUUGUCUUGUCUUGUAUGAAUUUCGACGGAGGAUUUGGCUGCAGGCCCGGCUCAGAGUCUCACGCAGGCCAGAUUUACUGCUGCACGGGCUUCCUGUCGCUCACGGGGCAGCUGCACCAGGUGAACGCCGACCUGCUGGGCUGGUGGCUCUGCGAGAGACAGCUGCCGUCCGGCGGCCUCAACGGUCGACCGGAGAAGCUUCCGGAUGUGUGUUACUCGUGGUGGGUGUUGGCCUCGCUGAAGAUCAUCGGCAGAAUCCACUGGAUCGACAAGGCCAAGCUGAGCUCUUUCAUUCUGGCCUGCCAGGAUGAGGAGACCGGAGGCUUCGCCGACAGACCCGGAGACAUGGUCGACCCUUUCCACACUCUGUUUGGCGUGGCGGGCCUCUCCCUGCUUGGCGAUGAGCAGAUCAAGCCAGUAAAUCCUGUGUUGUGUAUGCCUGAGGACGUCCUGCAGAGGAUAGGCCUGCAGCCCGACCUGCUCACAUAGCCCUCAUCCCCCCACACCAUUUAUCCCUACUGCCCUCACCCCUUCUCCUCCCCUCCAUACACACCCACACACACACACACACACACCCAGGAAUGACAACAGACUGUUUCUUAAAGGAAUGGGAAUGAUAGACGUUCUGGAGCGCCCAGAAAGCGUUUUAGUAACAUUCCUUAACUUUUCUGACGUGCUCACUAGUUCAAGAUGUUCUCUGAGGAAAACCGUUGUAAAGGCUGCCGAACUGUUCUGGAGUUGUCUUUUUUUUUUUUUUUUUAAAUUAAUUAAUUAAUUUCUUAACUCUUUGCUGCUCUCCUCCGUCUCGGCACAUGAGAAAAUGUCACCUCUAGUUUGGCUCGGCCCGUUACAGUGGACACGGCGCUCAUUUCCUUCUCUCGCUCUCUCUCUCUCUCCCUCGGCUUCAUGGGGUCAUGUUUGUUGUUUGAAUGAAUUCGGCACGUUCUUGACUUUGCUCUUGACAUGCUUAACCUUGAAACAAGAGUGUGAUUAUGCAUGGAAUAAGCCCGCAGGAAAAAUAGUUUUCCCUUUCCCCCUCGCGUAGUCGACACUCGUGCGCGGCAGCUCAACGACUUACGGUGGGAGCAGAUGAAGGCUGGCGAUGCACCAAUAACUGACAGACAAUAAGAUUCAGCCGAUUUGCUGGUAAACGCACGUGGAAGUUUGAUUCCACUGCUUUUAUGUUCUCACAUCUAGGAAACCUCACGAAUCUGCUUGACUCUGAAUUUGUAUGAGGCACCUAGUCUCUCUGUUGUCUCUUGUUUGGUUCCACCUUCUCUGUUUUUUUUUAUUUAUUUUUUUCUGCAUCCUACGUUUCACAUCAAAAAAACUUCCAUCUUAAAAAAAAAAAAAAAAAGUAACAGCUUGUCAAGGACAAACCACCAUCCUGUUUACACUAGAGCAAGCAUACUGUUCACUUUGAGAAACUAUCACUGUGCUAAUAGGCCUCGCAACUGGAGAUGUGACGGGGGACUUUUUUUUUUUUUUUUUUGCAGGAUAAUGUUUCGUUUGUUUUGUUAAUCGUGUCACGGCGCUGUCCUAACCUCAGCUCGCAAUACAGGCAGAAGUUUGUUGACAGGAUCUCAAGAGACUUACGGUUGGAUGAUGACUGGAAACAGCCAGUGCCACCGCACACGGUAGUAUCAUCUGUUGCCAAGCGUAUCUUGUUUUAUCCACCAUCUCAGCUACGUUAUUUAUUCAAGCUGUUGCUCAAACCCAGCACUGUCAUGCAGCUGUGUGGUUCGAUUUGCAUGUGUAAAAACCAUCAAAUAUCUCCAGUCUUAAGCUUGUCUGUAUGAUGGCUCGGCUAAAAUGAACCUCGACUCGUUUCCUUGAAUCUGUCUUCGAUUGUUUAUUCCUCUUACGAAUAACCAUAUUGAUGUGGUGACUAACGUUCAUGUCAGCCUGAGAGAUAUGCACCUGUCUUACUGAGCACAACUCUUGUCCUCUGUUUGUGAUUACUGUUCGGUGUCAACACUGUUACGCAAGGAAAAUAAAUCACAUGGUGAAACUAUCA